AUGUCAUAUUCACUCCCGUUCAAACGAGAGGGCCAGGACCCGGAGAUCAGGCCCCUGAGUAAGAGAAGCAUUAACAUGGCAUCGUCGACGCGCUCUAAUCAAUCACCCGCGCCACCGGCAUUGGUUCGAGCAAAUAUCGCCCCCGAUGCGCCCUUUCCCUCCGGCAAGAGAAGUAGUAAUUUGCAUCGAUCGGCAGCCCGCCACACGCGCAGCUCAGAUGCAUCGUACUCUGUGCGCGCGGACGAUAUCAUCUGCAAAGAUCUCUCGCAGUGUCCCUACGGUCCCGAGGCGGGUCUUCAUUCUGUCUUCAGGCAUGAUCAUCCCCACGGCAAGAAGAAGGCCAAGUGUGCAGACAAGACUUUCGAGCUGUUGCAGGAUAUGGAGCGAGCUUCGGCUGAGCGGGAAGACAAGGUCGAGGAGCAGACGCACCGCGGCUCUACUUCUAAGCGGCGUGAGCCGGUCGUAGUUUGGAUGGAUGCGGAUACAGGACUGAAGAAGAAGCCUCCUAAGGAAGCAGUGAGGGCCCACGAAUCGUACUGUAGGAUCAAAGUUGACGGGGUGGAGACGGGCUCCCCAAUUACUGUUGGUCCUUUCCAUCGGUCUGUCCUUGAGACCAUGAUACAGGACCUUCCCGUUGCGCCAGGACAGGCCCAGAGGGGCACCCCUGGGACUCGGGUGAGCCAUGGCCCGCCUCCUCCUCCUCCUCCUCAGCAGGAGAAUCAAAGUCCGGAACCUUUCCUCGCGGCCGGCGGCCGGACUCUCCCGCGCAACCCGGUUGCCGAGCAGACCGAAGCCGAGAAGCGUAAGCCAGUCGUAGAUAUGCAGCGCGAGGGAGCUGCGUUCGCGUUGAACAGUCAAGAGCAUUUCCGACAGGCAGCGGAGACUGCUCGUCAGCGAUUACAGCAGCAGAAGCUCCUCGCGAAGAAGGCGCAAGAAGAAGAGGAGUUGAAGAAGGAGGCGCUGAGACGGAAAGAGCUGCAGCGACAAGAGUUUGAGCAGCAGCAACAGCAGCAACAGCAGCAGCAGCAGCAACAGCGAGAGUACCAGCUUAAGCUGGAGCACGACGAAGCGCGAGCGCGCAGACGGAGUCGAAUGGAAGAGCGCAUCACCAGGCACCUGGAGCGAGAGGUCCAGAUGAAGCAGCAGCAACAGUAUGAGCUUGAGCAGAAGCAGAGGCAGGAAGAACUGCAACGGCAAGAGGACUUUGCCAAGCAGAGACAGCUGGAGAAGCAUCAGCUCGAGAUGAAGCAGCGUCAGGAGUUCCAGGUCAAGCAGAAGAAGCAGCAAGAGCAAGAAGAGCACAAGCUCAAGCUAAAGCAACAGCAGCAAGAUUACAUCGAGUUGCUGUUGAAGAACGCGCAAGAAUGCAACCACGGGAUGGAGAAGUGGCAAGAGGAGGAGAGGCAGAAGCUGCAGCAGAAGCAGGCAGAGCUGCACCGUCAGGAAGAGCAAGCCAAGCAGAGGCAGAGAGAAGAGUACCAGCGCCAGAUGAAGCAACGAGAGGAGUAUCAGCUUCAACAAAAGCAGCAGCAGCAGCAGCAGCAGGAACAAGACCUCGAGCGCAGGAAGAAAGCAUCACAAGAGCUCGAGCUCAAGCAGCAGCAGCGCCACGAAGCUCUGCUCAAGAGCAAGCAGGAGCUCGAAGCGCUGCAGAGUGGCGUCAGACAGCGUGAGGCCGAGCUCAUGCAGAAGCAGCGACAAGAGUACGAGUACAAGGAGAGACAGAAGCGAGAGGAGCAGAAGCGGGUGCAGCUGAAGCGGCAGGCAGAGUACGAAGCCAAGAAGCAGCAGAUUGAGGCUUCUGACGUCUCGUCUAAGCCUGUUUACAACCCUGAGCAAGGGUAUGCCGAUAUGAUUGAGAUGAUCAAGAACUGGCAGCUCUCGGCGACGAAGGGCAUCCAUUCCAUCUCGGAGGAGUUGGGUCGUAUCUCUGCUACCGCGGCCAGAGCGGAGGAGCAAAUCGACCGGGACGCCGUUUCAGCGGAGAUUCGUCACGAGCCCGAGACUGUGGCCAAGUCAGAUGAGGUGUCAAAGGCACCACAGGUUGAGGACGAUCGUGAGAUUCCUCCAUUCUCGCUGAGUUCUCCCCUAUCUCCUGUGAUUGACCCUCACAAUCGGUCCAGUCCCGGCGCGAACCCAAUUCAAGGCAUAGUGUAUAGGCUCAAGAAGGAAGACGAUGUCCAGGCCUUUGACUUUGUCAGCCAUGAGGAUGCGCUAGACCUCACGGAAGAGUUCGUCAUCACGGAGCCUAUGAUCUGCUGCAAGAAUGGCAAGAACUGCAAGAAUUGCGACUGCCAGAAGCCCCCACAGGCUGGCAUUGCUAGGGCGUUGCCUUUGGAGUUUUUUGACGAUGAUUUCCUCCUCAUUUGA